AUGGCAGCUGAUAAAGCCCUUCAGCUAAAUGAUGCAGUAAGAAGAGGAUCGAUCGAGACUGUCCGGCAGUUGAUAGAAGAAGGUAAUGAUAUCAAUUCAAAGGUGAAUGAUGGAUGGACAGCCCUUCACAGUGCUGUACAAGUGAAUGAAGAGGCAAUUGCCCGCCUUCUGCUGGACAGAGGAGCCGAUCCACUUGCUAGGAAGGACAACGGAGCUACCCCCUUUAUUCUAGCAGGAAUAACAGGCAAUGUUGAACUUUUAAAGCUCUUCCUUCAGAAGGGGUCGGCCAUCAAUGAGUGUGAUUUGAAUGGUUUCACGGCAUUCAUAGAGGCUGCUGGGUAUGGGCGAGAAGAGGCCCUGAGGUUUUUGUAUGAGUGUGGGGCAGAUGUUAACUUGCCCAGAAAUGUGGCUGAUGAGGAUAAAAGGGCCCUGAAUAAAGGUGGGGAAACAGCCCUGAUGGAUGCUGCCAGGUACGGUCACUGCUCUGUUGUCAAAGUCCUAGUUGAAGAAUUGGGUGCUGAUGUGAACAUCUGCGACAACUGGGAGAGAAAUGCAUUGGUCCAUGCUCUCACAAUGACUAAAAAGGAUCAGCCCCAAGGCAAAGAGGCAGCUGCCCUUUUCCUCUUAAAACAUGGGGCUGAUGUGAAUAAGAGAGAUGAAGAUGGGAAAACUACUUUGAUCCUGGCAGCUGAAAGGCAAAGCCUAGACCUGGUGAAGGCUAUAUUGGAAAAAGAAGUGGACGUGAACGAUGCUGACAGAAACAACAAAACAGCCCUUAUGGCAGCAGUGGAAAUGGAAAAUUAUGAAAUAGUGAAGACAUUGUGUGAAAAGGGAGCAAGAACAGACAUUGGGAACUUGAUAGAUAUGGCCAGCCUGAAUUACAACAGCAAAAUGAUAAGGCUUCUUCGCCAGUAUGGAGCAUUGUCUUGUCCAAGGCAGCCAGAAAUACAAUGGACCUCUGCUAGCAGACACUGGCAAUCCAAGCUCCGAGAUCUUUAUGGAAAGUAUCGUCCUAUGAUUGGAAAACUCAAGAUCUUCAUGUGUCCAGAUUUCCGAAUUCAGACAAGUUCCCACGGAGGUGUCUACCUAGGAUUCUACAAUGGAGAAGAGGUGGCUGUGAAGAUAUUCCCCACCACUGCAGAAAAUGCUGAACGAGAAAAAACCUGCCUUGAGAAGUGCCGUACCAGCAAACAUCUGGUGAAGUUCUGUGGAUGGGAAGAGCAGAACUGCUGUCUCUACUUGUGCCUUUCCCUGUGUGAGAAAAACCUUGAGGAGUACUUCAGGACAGCAGGGACUGAGAAUGGAACUAUGAGAAGUAAUGUUAUUAUUGAAACAAUAUUUCAGGCAGUGAAGGAACUGCACUCAUUUGGAUUUGGGCAUCAAGAUCUGCACCCAAGUAACGUUUUGAUAGGUUUGUGUUCUUUCUUAUAUGGCUGUCUGUUGAGUGGAACCCAAGCCAUUACCCAAGUGUAGUUGAAAGAAUUUUAUGAAAGAAAUAUGGAGUAGCAGGUUUUCAAUUUUAUGGUGUAAACCAAGGAUGGGGAAUCUGUGUCCUUUAAGAUACCGUUGGCUAGCAAGUCCCAUAAUCUCGGAACAUGGAGCUGAUGGGAUUUGGAGUCCAGCACUAACUGGAGCACCACAGGUUCCCUACACCUGGGGUGGGGGGUGGGAAUUGGCUAGCCAAUAAUCUGCAAGGGGUCAGAAAUUCAGAUCCAACAGCAAGCAUGUGAGCAGCAUAGAAGAAUAGUUUCACACACAAGCUGAAAGAAAACAGCAGCAGAUAUUGGAGAUUUAUUACAGGGAGUGAUAUGGGAUUGACUCUCUGGUGACAUACCAAACCCUUGGAUAUUCUAAGCUGUAGUGAUCAUAGUGCCCUGCAUUUUCCUCUUCUAACCAGCAGCCUCACUGGUGCAAGGCACAGUCUGACCCCCUCCUUUGGUAAUCCUCAUAGAACACUAGCCCAAUGGUUGCCAUUAAUUUGAUCCUGAAUUGAUUUUAGAAUGAAUUUAUUUUAGAAUGUAUUUCAAUUAAUUGAUUGUGAUUUUAUGUAAACUGUGUUACUUUUAUUGUUGUUAGCCACGCUGAGCCCGGCUUCGGCUGGGGAGGGCGGGAUAUAAAUAAAAUUAUUAUUAUUAAGGAAGGAGAGAUUCCAGCUCAGGAAUAGAAUAUCUGCUUUUCAGGCAAAAAGUUAAUUAUGUUCAACCCCCAGCAUCUCCAGGCAGGGUUGGGAGAGACUCCUGUGUGGCACUGCGGAGAGCCACUGCCAAUCUGAGCAUAAACAAUGUUGAGUGCAGAGGGACCAAUGGUCUGACUAGAUAUAAGGUAGCUUCCUGUGAUCCUAGUCUGCACUCUACUCACCCAGCUCCCAGAUCAAGCCAUCUGGAAGCUGAUGCCACCAUCCUAAAUCUUGAGAAUAAUUUCACUACACCUUUUUACUGCUUCAGAAAUGUGACCCGCCCCUCCAAUAGAUCUCCAUUGUUUACUUAUUUAUUAUGCACUAACACUUUGAAUAUUAUGGUUUCUCCUCUGCAUUAUAUCCCCUCAACAAAUCUGGAAUGUAGGACUAAGCAGAUGGAUGGAUGGAUGGUUUCAGACAGAAGUCGUUCUGGUUCUACCUGGAGAACAACCUACACCAGGCAUCCCCAAACUCGGCCCUCCAAAUAUUUUGGGACCAAAACUCCCACCAUCCCUGACCACUGGUCAUGUUAGCUAGGGAUGAUGGGAGUUGUAGUCCCCAAACAUCUGGAGGGCUGAGUUUGAGGGUGUCUGACCUACAUAUUCAGAUAAAAAAUUAAGUUCUGUUGGCAUCUACAUUAGGGUGGCAAAUCUUUUUAGGAUCAAAGGUCACAUUGCCAUGUUGUGACUUCCAGUAACUGAGCAUGUGGGUGGGGGUGGGUGGGGAGUCCCUGAAGUGAUAUUAGUGCUUGAGGUGAAUAUUUAUCAAUCAUACUUCUGUGCUGCCUCAACAUCAGAAAUAUAAAAACAAUACAUUUCAAAUAAAACAUAAAAGCUAAAAGCAGCAGAGAUAAAGUGAAACUAGUCAACAAUACCAUAAAAAUGUUCAUGGCACAGACACAUCUUUGAUGUUUUAAAACAAUAAAGUGUCAAAAUCUCAAAAAUCCACAGAAAUCAAAAGCCCCUAAAAAGCCUUGGGAAAUGAAAAUGUCUUCAUUUGACCAUAACAGCAAUACAAAGUAGGCAUCAGGUGGACUCUCUGGGGAGGCCAUUCUAUAACUGGGUAUAACAGCUGAGAAGGCCUUCUCCCUAGCAACCACCAGCUGGCUCUCAUUAGGCAGGGAUAUGCAGAGAAGAGCCUCAGGCGCUGACAUGAAGUUUCACGUAGGUUUGCAUGUAAGCAGGUGAAUUGGCUGCUCUUGUUGAAUCUUGAAAGUUUCCAAUAUGUGCUCUUUCCCCACAAAGCAUUCAAUACACAAAGAUGUGAAAACCAUUCCGCUUGAUUGCUUCCACUUAUGUAUUUAUUUAUUUGCUAGAUGUCACAGGCAAGGUUUUUCUAGCAGAUUUUGAUAAGUCCAGAAAAAUAGAUGAUGAAGAUCUUACCAUCACAGAAGAUCUGCAGGUAAGUGAGCCUCCUCUGCAGUUGCCUCCCCAGCCUUCUAUAUUUGCAGAAUGAUUAUCCUCAACCAUUAAGGCAAUGUAUUGUGUGUUUGUGCACAAUAUACUUUUAUGCUUAACCAUAACAUAGAGUUGGGUUGAAUGUUCGUCCUACUCAGAGUAGCCCCAUUGAAAUCUGGCUAACCUAAGAUCAAUAAUUCCAAUGAGUUUACCCAAACUUUGCCCGGUUCAAUUUGUAUUUAUUUAUUUGAUUUCUUACCAGCCCUUCACCAAAAGGUGCCAGGGUGGAGUACAACAGGUUUAAAUACAAUACUGUAUUAUUGGAAACAUUUUAAAACAAAUUAAAGUCACGUGAAUAUGGUAGAUCCUGAAAAUGAGUAUAUCAGGUGUAUGGUUCAAAUUUAUUCAAGAAUAAAUUGACAUCAGUAAGAAUGUUAAUUGCUAGUUCUGGUCCCAGGAGUUCUUUCUGGUAACAAUGUCAUUGUUUUUGUGAAAUUUUUAAUCUCCUGUAUAACCCCAGUAUAGUUGUAACCUGGAAGUUGAAUGGAAUCCAUUCCGGAAGUCCAUCCGACUUCCAAAAUGUUCGGAAACCAAAGCACAGCUUCUGAUUAGCUGCAGGAAGCUCCUACAGCCAAUCAGAAGCUGCGGAAGCCCCAUCGGACGUUUGGGUUCCAAAGAAUGUUCGCAAACCGGAAUAAUCACUUUCGAGUUUGCGGCAUUCGGGAGCCAAAAUGUCCAAGUACCAAGGCAUUCAAGAUCCAAAGUACGACUGUAGAUUAGAGAAUUUAAUAACCUGUCAUUGCAGCCCUGUGUUUCUAAGGGCCAAAUUUGAUUCCAGUCGUCGUGGUGGGAAUCUGAUCAGGACCAUAGUGGUGAAGAACCAGUGUGUGCCGGGGAAUGGUAUCUAAACAUUCCUCCAACAUUUUUUUUCCAGGUUGAAAUUACCUCCAUCUGCUAUUUAGUCUAUAGGGCAAAACAUAGAGAUACUGAACAAGCUGUAGUAUAAUCCUAUUCUCUAACAUUUUAGGUAGGUUUCCACAUGCAAGGGGUGUGUUUGUGUGUAGAAACAUUAUGUCAUGUGAUUGCAUCACUUGCAAUUUAAACUGACACAGCCCAGACACAGAUUUUUAGCAUCUCAGCAAGAACUAAGCCCAGGCACAAAGGAUAAAAGUGUGAUUUCAGUCUACUUGCCCAAGAAUGACAUUCUGUGUUGUGAAAUCGUAUUGCCAUUUGUUCUCACAUGUAGGCUCUCAGAAGUCUAGCCCUAUAUGUUGCUAUGAGGGGGACAAUCUGCUUUGAAGCCUUGCCUGCGCAGUGUCCAAAGGAUGUAGAUGAUCACUUUGAAAUAGAAGACCUCAGAGCCAGUCUGGAAUCUCCUGAUGAAAACGUCCCAGUCACUGAGCAACUGGGACAGUUGAUCUACCAUCCUUAUUUCUGGAGCAAGAAGGUGUAAGUACUAAAUAAAUACAGGAAACUUAGCAACUAUCCAUUCUUAUCAUUCUACCUUCCUCAGUUUGAUUUGCCCUGUUACUACAACAGCAUGGAAGAAGAAACUUUGCAAGUAGGAUUAGAAUGACAUUUUGGGAAAAUGUUUUAAUCCAUUCAUUUCUAUUUUUUGAAAUCUUAAGUUUUGCCUUCAGAAUUGAAGCUCAGAAUUAGAUUACGCUGCUUUAUAUGUCUUUGUUGCUUAUAGACUGUCAUGUGCUUUGUCAUGUUGUUUAAAAUAUAAUGAAUGUUCAGGCCUGGGUUGUUGUCCCUCAUGUGAAAACCACAUGGCUAAUCAUUAAUGUAAGAUAAAAAUAAUGCAGUCAAACCUCGGUUGUCAAAUGUAAUCCAUUCUGGUUACAGGUCGGUAGCCGUGUUGGUCUGCCAUAGUCGAAACAAAAUAAAAAAAUACCUUCCAGUAGCACCUUAGAGACCAACUAAGUUUGUUAUUGGUAUGAGCUUUCGUGUGCAUCUGUUCUGGAAGACUAUUCGACUUCCGAAAUGUUUGACAGCCAAGUUGCAGCUUUGGUUGCAAGAGCUUUUUGCACUCAAGCAGAAGCCGCGUUUGACGUUCAAGUUCCAAGGAACAUUCGAAAACAGGAGCAUUUACUUCUGGGUUUUUGGCAUUAGGGAGCCGAAACGUUUGAAUAUGGAGCCAUUCGAGAACCGAGGUUUGACUGUAUAUAUAUUUCAGUAAAUAACUGCAGUGAACUUUGGAUAGUGAGUUUGCUGCAGAUAUGACAGCACAUUGAUGCAGUAUUGAUAUUAUUUGUCAUUGCUAGCCAUCAAAUACCAAAUGUUGAAUAUGAACUAUGUGAUGUGCAAUUGGCACUGAAAUCCAUGCACUAAGAUUUAAGGGAUCAAUGUCUGAUUCUACACUACUAUUUAGGGCUCUGAAAAUCCACCCUCAUGCCUAACAAAAACUCUCAAGAGACUUUAACAGGCAGAAACACACAUUUCAAAUUGGUUUUGCACAGCCACAAUAAUAAUGCCACAUCUGGAGAGCCACAGAUUAGCCACACUGCAUUAGAUGGUAAUGUGUCAGGGAGAGGAAAGGCAAAAUCAGAGUUUUGUUAUAAAAGGCAGCUUGCAGAGCAAGGAUGCCCCUUCCUUGCAUAUGACAGGAGUUAAUGGUUGCAGUAUACCUGCCCCAGGAGAACAGAGGAAGCUGCUUCAUUCUAGGUCAGACUAUUUGUCUAUGUCUUGGUGUUGUCUGCCUGGCUCCAGGGUCUCAUUGCCUGCUACUGGGUCCUUUUAACUGGCGAUGGCAGGUGUUGAAGCUGGGACCAAGCAUGUGCUCUGUCCUUUCCCAGUCUCCGAGACCAGCCUUACCAUAUGGUCACCUUGGCUCUUUGGGUUCUUAGUAAUUGCCUUUUGUUUGCCAGGAGAUACAGGGUCUUAAGAGACGUUGGGAAUGAGAGCGAUAUAAAGACACGCAACACUCGGCACCAUAACAGCACUAGUGAAAUUCUGAAGGCUCUGAAUAGUGAGGAAGAUCCUUUCAAGGACUGGACUGAAAAGGUAAGUGAUCUCUUGCAGCCUCCGUAUGAAAGCUUCAGCUGUGCUGAUUUGAACCGCCACAUUUGACCUCUUUUCCUUCUGCAUUGUCAGUGCCAGUGCUUCAUCACUUCUCAAAGGCAUGAGGGCAACUUAAGUGCAAAACAAACAGCUUAAGUCUGAUUCACGUCUUUACAAUAUGUGUACCUGGUCCUGGGCAAGUAUCUGUUUGCCCCUGCAAAACCAUUCUUAUGUCUGUGAAAUGAUUUGCCAUUAGAUCAGAUUUUAAACACAGUUGUACCUCGGAAGUCAAACAGAAUCUGUUCUGGAAGUCCAUUCAACUUCCGAAGUGCGGCUUCUGAUUGGCUGCAGGAAGCUCCUGAAGCCAAUCGGAAGCUGCAGAAGCCCUGUUGGACAUUUGGCUUCCAAAAGAAGGUUCGAAAACUGGAACACUCACUUUUGGUUUGCGAUCAUUUGGGAGCUGGAAUGUUCAACUCCCAAGGUGUUCAGGAGCCAAGGUAUGACUGUAUUGCAAAAUCUGCCAAGCAAUAUAAAUGGAAACUGUUUCAAUAAAUUAACCAGUAUAGUAUUAUAAUAACCAAUAUAUGUCAUACUUCAUGCCAUUCUGUCAAAUGUAUAUUUUUGUAUAUUUUUUGUAUAUUUUUGUAUACUGUAUGUUUUUGUGACUUGGAAUCUACCAGUUUGCAGGUCUACAUGGAAACUGUAUUGUGAGGAGUGGGCUUCAUGGACCCAAAUUAAUGACAGGGGACAUGUGUUUUUUUCAGAUUGAUAAGGAUGUAUUGGACUGUAUGGUUGGUCCCUUUAAUGACAAGAAAAAGAAUAAGAAAAACAAUAAAGAUUAUGAAAACUGUGUGACAGAUUUACUGAAGCUGAUCAGGAAUAUGGGGGAGCACUUCAGUGAGAAGGAUGAGAAGUAAGUGAGAGUUGUUUUUUCUAGAUUUGCAGCUGUCCCUAGCCUUCUGCAGAGGAGACACUGAGUGGCCAUUUCUAUGCAGUGUACUUCCUCUUCUGUAAACCAGUACUAUGUGAAUCCGGACUUAGAUAAUCACAUCUUUGAAAAGGCCUCCCAGUGGUCAAGUGGAGUUUUGCACGUCAGCUACCAGCUUCAUGUCAAAGGGCUAAACUGCUUCCUUUUGCGCUGAAUUUUUAGGCACAAAAACACGGCUUUAAAGCGCCGUGUUUGAGUGCAUUUGUUUUAUCCCAGCAGUAUGCCCAGGAAAGCCCAUGCUUUGAUGUUGAAUCAGAGCAAACAGCAAAAGGGUUUUCCGUGGAUUGGCAUUUGCUCCAAUUCAGAGACCAACAUUCACAUUCUAUUUUUAAAAAAUACAAAUCUAAACUACUGCUUGCUUACAUACUGGUAUUAAAAGGGUUCACAUUUUCCACUAUUUCAGGGUGAAGGAAAUAAUCAAGGAGCCAGAAGACUAUUUUCUGAACCUUUUUCCAAAUUUAACAACUUAUGUCUACCGGACUUUGCAUAAUAUACAAUAUGAUAAACAUUUUCCGAAUGCACAGAAUUCUUCUCAGCUAUAA